AUGCUUUCAUACACCGUCGCCAGCGGCGACUCCUUGUCGAAGAUCGCUCAAGACCACGGCAUAACACUUGUUGCCCUCACAGCAGCCAAUCCGCAGGUCACCAAUCCUGAUCUUAUCUAUGUGGGACAAGAACUCAAUAUCCCUGAGAAUGAAGCCGCUCCACAGGCCCAAAAUGUUACAGAGCCCAUAGCUACGCGUGAAAUCGUAGCCAGCGGUACCGUUGAUAAUGGGGGUUUUGCUUUCCCGCCAACAGACACAGGCACCUCUCCCAGAAUGCCUCCACCUCCGCUAUUGGUAACACCAGCCGCUUCCUGGAACACCGGCCGGCCAUCUUACAAGACUGUGGCCUAUUUCACCAAUUGGGGCGUCUACGGCCGCAACUACCAACCUCAAGACAUCCCCGCCAACUACAUCACUCACAUUCUUUACUCCUUCGCCAAUAUCCGUCCCACAGGCGAAGUUUUCUUAACGGACACCUACUCGGACCUCGAAAAGCACUAUCCGAGCGACUCCUGGAAUGAAACGGGAGACAACGUCUACGGCUGCAUCAAGCAGCUCUACCUCCUCAAGAAAAAACAUCGCCACUUCAAAACCCUACUCUCCAUCGGUGGCUGGACCUACAGUGCCAAUUUUGCCGUCCCAGCCUCCACCCCGGAAGGACGACAAAACUUCGCCCGUUCCGCCGUCCACCUCCUCGCCGAUCUGGGAUUUGACGGCAUCGAUAUUGACUGGGAAUAUCCGCAGGACCCCGCGCAAGCGAUGAAUUAUGUUCUUCUCCUGCAAGAAACCCGCUGCGAGCUAGACCGCUACUCAGCUCACUAUCUCCAGGGGAAACGUCUCCUCCUCACUAUUGCCGCUCCGUGCGGUCCCACCAAUUACGGCAAGCUGCGCAUCUACGAAAUGGACCAGUUCCUUGAUUUCUGGAACCUCAUGUGUUACGAUUUCGCAGGAAGCUGGGAUUCCACCGCCGGCCAUAUGGCAAAUGUUUUUCCUCAUCCUCAUCAGGGACUAACGCCCUUUAGUGCGGACGCCGCAGUAAUGGCGUAUAUCCGUGGUGGUGUGCACCCAAGCAAGAUCAUCUUCGGGCUGCCGUUGUAUGGCCGCGCCUUUGAAAAUACGGGUGGUCCUGGACGGCCGUUCCAGGGUGUCGGCGAUGGAUCGUGGGAGAACGGUGUGUGGGAUUACAAGGCUCUUCCGGCGGAGGGGAGCAGCGAGUUUACCGAUGGAUCGUUGUUGGCGAGUUGGAGUUAUGAUCCGGGCAAGAAUAAGAUGGUGAGUUAUGAUACACCUGAGGUGGCGGGGAUGAAGGCGGACUAUAUUAUACGAAGGGGGUUGGGAGGGGCGAUGUGGUGGGAGCUUAGUGGGGAUCAUCCAGUCUACCAUGAGAGAAGCCUGGUUAGGAUUACCGGGGAUGUGUUGGGAAGGGUGGGCGGGUUGGAUGGGACCGAAAAUACGUUAACGUAUCCGAUUAGUCGGUAUGAGAAUUUGAGGAGGGGUUUUGAUAGCGAGUAG